ACACACGAUGAUUUCUCCUUUUCUCUUCAUCCAAUCUAAUUUUUCUGUUUUCACAACGUCAAUCUAAUUCGAAUGCGAUUUCCCAUACACUUUCUGAUUUUUAUUCCGUACUUAAUACUCGUUUCAGGAGAAAACGAUAUCGAUGAAGAUCGAGAAGGUGAUGGUGUCGAUGUAAUUGAGGUUAGAAAUGACGCAAUUCGAAUUCGAUGGAAACAUGAUUCCGAUGAAGAAAUUGUGACAAGACAACGAUUAGUUGUAACUGUUAUGAGAAGUUCACAACAAACGGAAAAAUCAUCUCAAACAGUUUUGGUUGAUGCAUUUUUGCGCGACUACACAUUUAUUGGAUUAGCUGGAAACACAACUUACCGUCUAUCAGUGGAAGCUUUCAAGAAUGAAACAAGUCUUUGGUACGCAAGCAACAUGGCAACAACAAGUCUAGCAGCUUUACCAUGGUUACAUGCUCCAUCGGAAUUGACUUUAAUGGAUCGUAAGAACGAAUCAAUUGAAGUAUCAUGGAUUCCACCUGUUGUUCUUGAAGCUGGACAUCACUUUAUUAUUACACAACACCUGGUCAAAGUAUACGAUUUGUCGGGUAAUAGUUCAACAAACAAGAGAUCAAUCACUGUGCCCAUUCCACUAACAAGACUUCAAAUUGAUGGAUUAAAACCAGCGACAGCAUAUAACGUGACAGUUCAGGCCGGAACAAGUUAUGGUUAUGGUAAUAAAGUCUGGUGCGCUUUUGCUACAUUGGAUAGUGAUGAGGCAAACAUCUUGAAGUUAAGAUCCAGAACGCCGAAUUCGUUGACGGUUUAUUGGCCAGCUAAUUGGUUAACAAAGACUACAUCGAAGUUUACGAUCAAAGCAAAGACCAUUCAUUCUCCAACAGGAGUAUCCAAGGAAAUUGAAAAUUCUGCAAUCGGAGAACCUGGUAAAGCUCAUGAGUUUGUUGUGGAUAAUCUAUUACCAUCAAGUACUUACAACAUUACUAUAACAACAUCAGAUGAUCAGCUUAAGAAUGGAGGAAAGAAAUGGACUCAAAUGAGAUGGAAACAUGGUUGGGCGGUAUUUUCUACUAUGUCACAAGGGGAAUACGGAGUUGCGGAAGCUAGAAUUGUUGUUGAAACGGAUUUUGCAGUAUCGAUCGUUUUUCAGCCUUUGAAACUUGCAGGACGAAAUAUUACAUAUCAGAUCAAAUACACACUCAAGGACAGAAAUUCAUCGCAAAUAACCAAUGAACUCACGGAUUCCAAUCUCAAAUGCCCAAAGUUUGAAUGUCAGUGGAAAUGCGCUCUAAUUUUCAAUCUUCCCCAUCGCCCACGCGAGUACAAAUUUGAAAUUCGCGCAAAAGUAGACAAUGUGUGGAACAGAUGGUCACCGGUAACCCUCAGACAAUGGAAUCUACUGGAAAGAGUUUGUUCGAUACAUCCACCCAGUGACCUAGUUGGUCAUCUUGGGGAUUACACAAGGCAAAGAGAUAUUGAUGUACAAAGUGCAAAAGUGCCACAGAUUGCAGAUGUUUGGAGAUACAUGGUCGUUGUCGAUAGUCGCCCAUAUGACUUGGCUCCGAUUGAUAUCACUAAAUUGGCCGAUAGAACCACCUCCGAAGCCGACCAUGUUCCAUACUACAUUACAGCUGCGUUGACCCCAGAAGAAGUAAAAAAUCAUGGAGACUUUAGAAUCGGCGAUGGCAAAAUCUACGGUGGCUACUUAAAUUAUCCUCUCCGAACCGAAAUUGAUCCGCGAUGGACGUUGAUUCCAGUUACACAAAGUGAAAAUGAAAUGAUUGAGCCGCAUUUGAAAACUUGUGGAUUUAAUGAACAAGGAACAUUCAAGUGUGAUAUGUCAAUUUCAGAGGUUUUCACUCAAAUUCCUAUUGUUCUCGUUUCGGCUGGAUUUUUGAUUCUUAUUCUUGUCAUAUUUUUGAUGUGUCUGCUGGUAUUCUGUUUUUUGAGAAAUUCAUGUCAAGACCGUCCGGGUGUGAAAGAGUCUGCUCUGAUGUACUAUCGAAGUGAUUCACCGAAUACAAUUUCCACGUGUCGGGAAUAUCGAAAAAUUGAACGACGAGAAUUCAACGCAGCUGAUAUGGAAGAAAGAAUGCGGUUUCGAGAGCAUGAAUAAAUAACUCUUGAAAAUAUUCAAAACUUGUUCUGGAAAACAAUUUUAUAUUAACAUGCUCGUUGCUUUCCAAAUCUUGGAUAAACUGCACUUUUGGUGGUUUUUAUACAAUUAGUUUGUAUUUGAGUUCAAACUAAAAACGAAAUUUUAAAGCACUUGUAAUCUUUUUCAAAGAGUUUUGUUACAAUCUGCGUCAUGCGUUUGACGUAUUCCAUUAUUCAAUUAAUUAGUUUUAUGGAAAGAUCACGGGACUAUCAUUUUGUGUCUGUGUUAAAUUAGGAAGAAACGACUGCAUGUCAAGUGACGUUUUCAUAGCAAAAAUUUAAGAAUGUAUUUUUGACCGUUUAAUUUUUUUUCGAGCGUUUCGAAACUGCUUGAAUUUAUCGAAUAAAUUAGAUGGGACA